AUGGUUAACGCCAUCGCUCCCCGCGACGGCACCGCCCAGGGCGGCGAGGCGCCCGCUGGCGAGGAGCAGAAGAACGCCGAGCUUGACAAGGUCGAGGCCGCGUGCAAGGACACCUGCAAGCCCGUCACCACGCUCUUCACGGACGAGAAGACCAAGCCCUGCGUGUCCCUCCCCGAGGACAAGCUCAAGGAGGACGCCAACUGCCGCAAGGUUUACUGCCAGGCUCUCAAGGACGUGCUCACCUGCUCCAAGUGCCAGUUCCGUGCCCUCGGCCAGGACCCCGAGUCCAACAGCGGCGCUUCUGAGUACUUCAAGCAGGUCGAGGAGCAGGAGGGCGCCAAGUGGUGCAAGGACACUGGCGUCGACCUCGCUUCCGCCUAA